AUGUCGUCUUGAUCCUCAGUUCACUACUCCGCUCCUGUCGAAUUCUUGGAACGAAAAUAACCAUGGAAAACACCCGCUUCCUCACAGCGAUCGAAGAAACGAGUGAUUUGGUUGAGACGAAAGAUGAGAACGUCUCUAGCGAAGGUGCGAUAGCCGGCGAGAUCAGUCCGCCGAAAAAUGAUCUCAUCGAUCUCGAAGCGGAGGCUGGAACUGUGAAGGCUCGGAGACCGCGCGCCGUGGAUCAAUUUUUCGCCAGUCAAAAACAAUUCGACAUGCUGUCCCCCAUCAAGUCGAAACCUGUCUGUGAAGCGACGACCGAUCCCACUCAAGAAUCCCUCGAGUUGAAGCUAGAAGGCAGUGAUUUUCUCAGUCGUCCCCAGUACCAGACACAAUGCGUCCAGCCGAACGAUUCGACGAUAACAAUGAAAGACACGUCCUUGGACAACCUCCUCAUACAGGACCAACCGGAGGCUGAGGACCCUACGGACGAUGUGAAGCAAGGCACCGCUGCUCUCGAUAACCUGUCCCGCAAACGACUCCAGAACGAGAUGGAACCCGCGGUGUUCGAUGUGCCUCGGGCGACGAAAAUACUUCACCGAGAGGAGUCGGCUGUGCCGGAGUUCAAAGAGAACGCACAGCCUAUACUGAAAUUCUCGAGUGAGACCGAUAAACUCUUCAAACUAGAAGCUGUGGCCGUUGGUGAACAAGACGGACCCAGGGAGACGCUCGGUGAAGGAAAAUCCAGCGACUGGAAGAAAUCAUCGGACGAAGAGACUGCCGGAGGAUGCGAAGGAGUGCAGGGACGGAAGGAUGGAGACAGUGACGUUGACCCGAACAUUCCCGACGUUGCCGAGAACGAAAACGCUCCGAACCAAGGAUUUAACAUGACACUUGACAUGACCUUGAGAAGUUCCGGAGGGAUUGCUUUCGCGUCAGGACUCUUUCUCGCUAUUGAUGAAGCCUUGGACCCCCUCGUCGGAGUUUUCGUUCCCCACGGGAGACGUCGCCGAGGCGCCAACAUCGUUGCGGUUUGCAUCCCGAUAGUUCUUGCCAUCUAUUUCUUGUUCUUCUGACGGUAUUCGGCCGUGAUUUGGUAGCGGGCCUGAGAAAUUCGGGAGAAGGACAAAUCGCCAUUUUAGAGUCGUCCAGCGACGAGUACAGAUCUAGUUUUUCCAUCUAGAAGGCAUGUUAGCAGAAGGCGUAGUUAAAGGGCGCACAAGGCGAGUAGAGCUAGGGGCGAAUUCUCGAAGAGCCGCGGGAUGAGCGGAGGCUAAUCAGCGUAAAAGGAGAAAGACUUGAGGACGAUACCGGGAUGAAGCAUCUCUGCUUGCUCUGCUCGAUAAGAUAAAAUGAGACCUGCUCCGAGUUCGGCUGGUCUCAAAAAUAGUUUCUGACCGAUAAAAAGUAGAACAAUCGAAUAAAUGAUCACGAGCUCUUAGAACCAAGGAAAGGAUCGGCCUCUUUCCGAUACAUCCCCUCUAGAGAGCUCUCCCGACACAAAAAAAACACCUCU